AUGAACAACAUGUCCAGCCUCAACCAGACCUUGCCGGAAUCUACACAAGACCAAGCACGCCUAAGCGAGCUAAAAGCCUUCGAAGAAACAAAAACAGGGGUCAAAGGCUUGAUCGACUCCGGCAUCCAAACCGUGCCCGGAAUAUUUAUCAGGCCACCGGACGAGCUAGCCGACGAGAAAAAUCACAUCCAAUCCAACCUUCAAGUCCCUGUUAUAGAUCUCAGUGGGGUCAACGAAGACGCUUGUGCGCGCGAGAAGAUUGUCGGUGAAGUGAAAAGGGCGUCGAGCGAAUGGGGCUUUUUCCAGCUCGUCAAUCACGGGAUAUCCCGGGAAGUCCUGGAUAAUAUGCUGGACGGGAUAAGGAAGUUCCACGAACAAGACGGCGAGGUGAAGAAGGAAUUCAACACUCGCGAUAUGACGCGGAGAGUGAGAUUCGGCAGCAAUGUCGAUCUGUAUCGGUCGCGUGCGGCCAACUGGAGGGACUCGUUGACGAUUUCAGUGCCGAAUUUUGCUAGUGUUGAGCCUGAUGAGUUGCCUGAAAUCUGCAGGGACUCGACAAUGAAGUAUCUGGUACAAGUGGGAAAAUUAGGAGAAACCUUGUUUGAGUUAUUAUCAGAGGCACUUGGUCUCAAACCAAACCACCUGAGAGCCCUGGAAUGUGGCAAGAAUGGCACUUUUAUCGGGCACUAUUACCCGGCUUGUCCCCAGCCAGACAUAACCAUCGGCACCAGUAAGCACACGGACCCUUCCUUUUUGACAAUUCUUUUGCAGGAUCAAAUCGGGGGCCUCCAAGUCCUGCAUCAGGAUCAGUACAUCAAUGUACAACCUCUGCCUGGUGCCUUGGUGGUCAACAUUGGAGAUAUGCUGCAGAUCAUUUCGAAUGACGAGUUUGUGAGCCCGGAUCACCGAGUUCUUGCCAACCGGGUAGGGCCAAGAAUCUCGGUGGCAGGAUUCUUUACCGGUGAUGCUUUAAGUGGAAGGAUAUACGGGCCCAUAAAAGAGUUGAUAUCGGAAGAUAACUGCCCACGCUACAAGGAGUUUACAGCGCGAGACUAUAUAGCAAAGUUCUUCAUGCGCCCAAUCGAUAAGUCCGGGCUCGACGAAUUCAAGUUGGAAGAACAGUUCUUUGAUCUGUGA